ACGGAGGUCGCCGCUUGCCCCGCCCGGGCGGUGGCGGGACGCGAGCUCCGGGAAGGGCCGGGGCUGGAAGUCGCCGCCCUCCCUCCGUAUCCGGGUGGUUGCUGCCAGGCGCAGCCGGACCGCCAGAGCCGGUGCCAGGCGAAGAUGGCGUAUCCCGGACAGCCGGCACCCGGCGGGUUCUACCAGGGCGGGUAUGGAGGAGCUCCAGGAGGACCAGCAUUCCCUGGACAAGCUCAGGACCCUUUGUAUGGUUAUUUUGCUGCAGUAGGAGGGCAGGAUGGACAAAUAGAUGCUGAUGAGCUACAGAGAUGUCUCACCCAGUCAGGGAUUGCAGGAGCAUAUAAACCUUUCAACUUAGAGACUUGCAGACUUAUGAUCUCAAUGCUGGAUAGGGAUAUGUCUGGCACACUGGGAUUUAAUGAGUUUAAAGAGCUCUGGACUGUGGUCAAUGGCUGGAAGCAGCACUUUGUAAGUUUUGACAGUGAUGGAAGUGGCACAGUGGAUCGUCAGGAACUUGAGAAAGCCUUGAUGGCUAUGGGAUUUAGACUGAGCCCACAGGCUGUGACUGCAAUCACAAAGCGAUACAGCACUCAAGGAAAGAUUGCAUUUGAUGAUUACAUUGCCUGCUGUGUGAAACUCCGAGCUCUCACUGAAUGCUUUAGAAGAAGGGAUGCAACUCAGCAGGGUUUUGUGAACUUCCACUAUGAUGAUUUCAUACAGUGUGUUAUGAGCAUCUAAAUCAAAAGGAAGCAAGCUGUGGAUGAUCAUGACUUAACAUUCCAGUUUUAUGAGCAUCUUAAUCAAAAGGAAGCAAGCUGUGGAUAAACAUGAUUUAACAUUCCAGUAUGUGUUUUGCUUUGCCAAGUUCUCCAAUGAUUGUGUAUUUCAAUAUUGGAAAUUGCAUAUUUUAUGAAGGCAUCCCUUUUCACACAUUUUUUAGUCUUGAUAAUGAAUAUGAACUACUCAUGUACUGUUGUCUUUAACUUCCAAUCUGUGAUUAUCAAAGCUGCUUUUAUUUUCAUAAACUUGCAGUUCACCAUGUGUAACUCAGAUCAUGCAAAUGGUAAGAUUUUCAGUAUUUGUCUACUUUUUUCCCAUUAUUCACUAAAAUCAGUUUCUGGAAUGCAACUUAAUGUUUUCUGGCUUAAACAGUAACGUGUAUGACUUAAGAGGAUACAUAUUUGUUUGUCUUUGACAACAUAGGACAGAUGUACAAACUAAAAGGGGUUUUGGAAUGGUCAUUUUGCACUGGUCUGUUAAAGCAUCAGUAAGUUUUGAUUAUUUACUUUGUCAGCUCUUUUGAAGAUGAAGGCUGUGACACCAUGCACUGAGUGUAAGACUACCUGCUAGAACUUCUUCUAAGCAGGGAUGCAACAAAACAUAGCAGAAAGCUCUCCUAGCCUUGUGCCCUGUUACCGGGGCUUUGGUCUUGUAAGACUCUUGCUUUGUUUGUGUCACUGCAUAAAACAGUUUUAAACAUACAAAA